CUACAAGUUCCACCUCCACACUCCAGGACCUCAAGCAUCAUCUUUUGGAAGACCUGAAUAUUUUGCAAACAAGUUAUAUUCCAUAUAAAGACUAUACUAAUGAAUAUUACAGUCAUAAACUCUUCUAAAGAGGUCAAAAUACUCGUAAUGACAAUAUUCCAGAUGUAUUUAGUAAUUACAGUUAAUAGUUAGUUGACAGUAGAUUUUAUCAGAUACAAAUUGUGACAGACAAUUAUUUCCGAUCCCUCCCUUUGUCCUUGGUAUAAGUUGGCUGGUCACAGAGCUGAAGAAGAUCCAAGUGGCAGCAGGUCUUUGAUCACAAUGAGAAUGUUCCUGACCAGCGUCUGUAUCUUUUGUGUGUUCAUAACAGCAGGUAACUGUCUGUUAUGCACAGAGUGCAAUAAUCAAACCAGUUCCAGUUGUGAAGGCUCCUUGGUGACUUGUGAGUCCUGUUUGACGGUCAUCACUGAUGUACAGAUACAGAAUGGAAAUGCCUCUUCUCCAACAAUCUUCAAGUCAUGCAAUAUGAAUCCAGAGAUGUGUAACAUCUCCUACCAUCUGAGUACUACGACCACUCACAUGGGGCUCACGUCUUCCUGCUGUGAUACAGAGUUCUGUAACAACGCUACCAUGCACACUCCUUCCCAGAACACCACAGAGAAUGGGAUGGAAUGUCCCUCCUGCUUUGAAAUGAAUGCCAACUUCUGUGAGGCCAAUGAUACGGUUAGAUGCACUGGAUCUGAGAAUAAAUGCAUUAGCUUCUAUGGAAAGAUGUCAGACUCAGACCAAGGUGACUGCAUACAGUUUGCUCUUCAGGGCUGUGCAACUGAAAACAUCUGCUAUUCCUCCGACAUCCCUCUCAUUCCUGUAACUCGGCUGUGUGAAGCCUCCACCACUCAAUGCUUCGAUGGUUUCAAUGGUGUCCCUUUUGCCUUAGAUUAAGGGUACCAGAGUCAUGGUUAUAGUAUAUAUUUAUAUCUGUCCGUCAGUCAACUGAACUGCUAACUAUCUGUAAAAAUUAAUUCAUAAUCUGCUUUCAUAGUCUGUUUUCUGAAUAUUGGCCCUUUGUAACAAUAAAAU